UAUGUGAGUCGUUUAUACCCGCGGCUACUUACUGCUUUGCUCUUUUUGACGGGAGACCCAUAGAUUGGUAUAGUACCUCCAUCAUUGCGAAUUGGGAGGUUAAUCCUGAGAGAUUUAAUUGUUGUUGACAAUAAUCAGGAUGGCACUUCUUCGACAAAUUGCUAGACACGAAGAAAAGAAACACUUGAAGCAGUUUUACGCUUCCACUUUGUCACCGCCAUUUAUGCGCGAAUAUUUGGCGAAAUGCGAUGCCGUGUACGAAAGGAACGGUACUGGAACUUAUCUACGGCCACCAUCAACGCUAACUGACCACAAAAUAUGGCUAAAUUUGACUAUCUGCGGAAUUUUACUGGCGAUCGCCAUUGCGUUGUUUGCAAUACUGCGAAAGAAAAUGUUCAAUCAAGGUGUUGACAGGCCGCUGUCCGCUGCUUAUAAAACGGUGAAUCCAACAAGAAAUCACUGGAAAACUGUUAUCUAUGGGGAGAGAACGUUCGAGUCGAUAGCUGAAGAAGCGACGAACUGGCAUUGGUACACAGGGUUAAGAAACGGCUUGUCCGAAUCAGAUUACGAACUGUUGACCAGAGGUGGACCGGCUGCAUUAGCUUAUGUGCGCUUCCAGCGCGUCUUGCUGUGGUAUGCGGUUGUGAUCUGCCUCAUAGCGUUAAUAAUUAUUCUGCCGGUCAAUCUUGCCGGCGAUUUAUUUCUGGAUAUUCUGGGGCGGACUUCUUUGGUCAAUUUACCUCCAUCGUCCAGUUCCUUGUGGAUUCACGUGUUGUUUUCCUUGGCCCUUAUUCCCAUUGGGCUGCUGGCGAUGUAUGAUUAUGGAUCAGAAUCACAAAGAAAUCCCAGCCGAAAUACGUAUUCCAAUACUCUGAUGUUUGGUGGACUUCCUGCUGAUCGAGCGAAUAAGCAGAUCCUACGGGAGUAUUUCCGAGAGGCUCAUCCUGAUGCUGAUGUUGCUAACAUAGAACUAACCUACGAUGUUGGCUAUUUGGUUUAUCUGGACAAGAAGCUAAAAGAGACGAACGAUGCCUUGGAAUAUUGUGCAUCUUUACCGGAUCACUCUCGUCGUGUUAUUGUCGAAGCCGGAGCAUGCAGUUGUUGUGGCUGCUGUCUUUGUUGUUCUGAUAAAACUGAUGGGAUCGAUUACUACACUACGCGGCGCAUGCAGUUAGCCAAGGAGCUGCACGGAGAAUUAGAGCGAUGGAAAAAGGUCAAUCCAGUUUUCUUCGUUACGUUCGCCAAUGAACACCAGGCAAAACAGGUGAAACGUGAUUAUUCAAGCCGCUGUUGCGAUUGCCAUCAGCGUCCAAAAACAAGGCAUUCGCGUGAACUGAAGACAAGUAGCUGGACUGCGUAUGCCGCACCUCAUCCAGCGAGCGUGUACUGGGAAAAUCUUAGUUCUGAUGGUUGUGGAUGGUAUGCACGAGCAAUCGCAGUCAAUUUGAUUUUAAUUGGAUUAAUUGUGGCGUUGGCAUUUUUCAUCGUUAUGCUGGCAUCCAAGGCAUUGCCGGCUGUCAAUAAUCUGAUCGAAAAAAGCCCAAAAGGGCUUUGUGAAAUAUUACCGGCGCUUAUUUUGUGGCUGAUUUUGGAAACUGGACCUUGGUUGGUGUCCCGGAGUGUCAAAGUUAUUGGUUAUUGGUCUAGAUCAAAUGAAAUCGUGGCGGAAAUUCGCUAUGUGUUCGCAGCAUUAGUGCUAGCUGUGCUCCUCAUGCCUUCUUUCGGGUUGCUGAUCCUCUCAAAUGAUCACCACCUCAAACCGGAAGCCACAGCUCCGCGACUUGAAUGCACGUAUCUUCCGGAUAACGGCGCUGUGUACAUUCAUUUCCUGAUAUUCUUCGCCUUCCUGUCAACUGCUUUUUCCUUAUUUCGGCCACGCGUUGUGUUAAGCUUCCUUUGGCGUAUCUGGAAAGCACGUUCAGAUGCGGAGGCAGCUAUGGCAGGAAAGGUGGAUACGUAUUUUCCCUAUGGAGAAGAAUAUCCACAGUACCUCGCAGUGUUCGCAGUGACAGUGGCGUAUUCCUUUUUAAGCCCUCUUAUUACAGUGUUUGGUGUAGGCGCUUUGUUGCUGAAAUACAUGCUAGAUCAGUAUAUGCUUUGCCAUAUUUACAAACGCUCACCGGCACCGACAGCGGCUCAUUCCGUCGCGGUAAUUCAGUUUUUUGGAAUUCUUUUGCUGCAGCUUCUUCUUAUCUCCGCUGUAUUUAUUCUCCGAAAUGGUCUCGAUGCCUGCGCCGUAGUAUUGCUGGCAGCCUUUGUCUUGUACUCCAUCUUUUGUGUCUGCAUGUCUGUGCUUGGCGGAUGGAAACAUCAUUCUUUUCUGGAGUUCGAUGAUAUCGACGGGAACGAUGCAACAGAUCACUCUCUCAAUGAAGCUGCCCUCAAGAACGACUUCGUCCAGCCCAUUCUACGCCACCAUCAGUAUUACCGAACACUUUUACAACGUACUGCUAGAGACACAUAAUUAUCCCAUCUUAUAAAUUGUUGAAUUCUGCUUUACACUUUGUUUAAAGGAGCGAUAGACAAUAAAUUUAGGAAAAAAUGUUUCUGUAGUUAUUGCAAAAUAUUGAUGUUGCUCCAUAAUUUGUAUUAGUACUUUGUACUUAAGAAACUGUUGUCGUUUUGUUCCGAAUAGCCAGCUAAUUAAUGGUGCCUUUAUUGUAUGAUUGUCCUUUGGUGGAAAAAUGCUUAUUAUAAGGAUAAUGUGAUAAUGGAAUGGCCUAAAAGUUUGUUAAAAAUAAUGCAAAAUUUUUAAAAUUAAUUAUCGGUAUGUGGUCAACCAGGAAAAGGGGAAUCGUGCACGGCGGUACGUAUGAAAUUUUUUGCGCACGAUUGCCGGUCGAUGGAUUAGUUACUUGAUGCAUUUGCAGAUUGUGAUGUUUAUCUCGCUUUUCUUCAUCUGCGAUUAAGAGAUGCUACCAUCUGCCGCCGCUUUACGAUGUCGUUAUUCUAAUUCUAAAAAUACUAUAACUUUUAAGUUUGCGUCUUCUGAUGCCGCUUGCCAAUAUAUGGAAUAUACAGAAUUGUCUGCACCGAAAGCUUAUUGAAACUGAUUUUAAUUAUAAUUUAUACGCAUGAACUUUGCUUUGUGCAUCGUUCGAGAAAUUCUGACUCAGAUAACGAUGAAAUACCCUGGCAAAAAUAAGUAAGUU